UGUCAAAAACGUAUUGGAUUUGGCGUGCCGAGCAAUAAAUGUUAAAACUCGAUGUGUAUUGUGUACUUAAAAAAACUUUUAUAAGUAUAUAAUUAACAAAAUAAUAGAAAUGGUACGCAAAGGAAAAGAACUUAACUUUGAUGACACCAUCCAGUGUCGGUUUUAUUCCCGCAACAAGUAUUGUAAACAAGAGUGGGAAUAUCUAUGCAACGAUUUGAACGUUACAAUAAAUAAAAUAUCAAACGGGUAUUUGUGGAAUAGAGAUGAAUUUAAGAUUGAUGUCCCAUUGCAAAUAGAAGAAAACAAAAUAAAUAUUGAGUAUUUAAUAAGUUUAACAUGUUUUGGUGACAACAUCGAAGAUGAAUGGUUCAUAGUUUAUUUGGUUUAUGAAUUAACUAAACUCUAUGAGGACUUGAUAGUCCACAUGGAAGAUGGGGAUGGUUGUUUUCUUUUAAUUGAAGCUGCAAAUUGUCUACCAUGUUGGUUGAAGCCUGAUAAUGCUGACAAUAGAGUUUUUUUGUCUCAAAAUUGUAUUCAUUUAAUUAAUCCUCACUUGAUCAGCUUAGAAGAUGAUCUGGAUAUUUGUAGUGCUGUUAAAAUAUUAAUAGAUAAUUGUGAGAACACUAAAGCAAGCUGUGAAAUACAAAACGCAAUUCAAAAGAGAAUUAGUGGCUAUCCUGAGAAAAUACAAGACACUAUUCACACAGCAAUUGUAAGUUUACCAAAAGAGAUUGCUACCGUAUUGAAAUUAAAACCUUCACUUAUUUCUUCAAUAGUUAACACUUACUGUAAUUAUGACAUGUUUGAAGCAAAAAUUUGCAAAGAAGUUAACUAUACAGAUUGUAUUGAUGUUUCAAUUACAUUCACUAAAUUUUUAUAUGCAAUGCUGCUCCAUGCUAGUCUGCGAAAGAAUGUAAAUAAACAUUAUUUAACAGCUCAAGAUGAAAAGAAAAAGGUGCUUGGUUAUAAGUUAACAUGUGGUUAUGAACUGAUAAUGAAUCAGUCUACCCAGGAUAUUUUUCUCUCUCCUGAAUAUAAAAAGUUUCUAAAUGGUUUAACAAACAUGGGGUAUUUUAGAAAUAACAUUGAAGGUUCUCAAGAGUAUAAGGAACUUUUGGAAAAGGCUAAAACAAAUUUCCUUACAAUGGAAUGUCCAAUGAAUAAACAUAUUUAUAAUGAAAUAUGUAAAAUUAAAACAGAAGACUCCUUUUAUAAUAUAAAACAGCAGCUUUCACUGGGUGAUUUUGAACUUACUGAAGAUGAUGAUAAUUGGCUAAACAUUUCUCCUGAUCAAUUAGAUGAUGUAUUAACAAGCAGAUUUGGAGCUAAUACUACAGAUAAAGAUAAAACUAUUAAUUCAGCUCAGAAUAUUACAUCAGCUUUAACAGACUUUUUAAAGAAGAAUUCUGAUUUUGAAGGAAUUGAAAAAUCUAUUGAACAUUCUGAAGAUAAUAAAAUAGAAUUUGAUCCUGAUCAAUUUACAAAAUGUUUAGAUAAAUAUUUAAAUAUUGUAACAUCAAAUGACACUAUAGAAUUAAGUGAUGAUAGUGAGUAUAGUGACAUGGAUGAUGAAGUUAGUCAACAAGUUGAUAAAGAGCUGUGUUCUGUUUUGUCAUAUUUGCCUAAAUCAGACCAUCAUACAGUUAAAAAUAACUUAAUACAAAGUAUAAAAGAAGAAGGAUUGUCUGGACCAUCAAGUAACAUACUGAAAACAAUAGGCAUUAAUAAAACAGAUUUAUUAGAUUCUGAUGAUGAUGAAUAA